AUGUGGUGCAAAGUAUCUCACAAUGGAUUCGAAGUGCCACCACCGCGCAUUGAUGUUCAUUUGGGUUCGAAAGUCAUCGAACCAAGAAAUCCGCCCUCAUUGUUCUCCGCAUUUAUUCCAACUGUCGGCCAAAUGAACCAGUCCCACCGGCGACCCCACAGUGCUCUCAUGAUGAACGAACGGUACCCACGAUAUGGGAAGGUGUACCACCUGCUUAACAGCAAUCCCCGUCCAGGUUCCCACUUUUCUAUGCCCAUCGUUAAACUUCCUGCAGCUAGUCAACAGCGCAGCUCACCAUACCUUGCAGUCAACACAUCUGCGUCGGCCACCAAACCAGUACCACGUAUCUCCAUUACACCGGAGAAGUCUUCCUCAUCUGCAGAGACUGCGAAAGAGCUACAUACAACGCGCGAUGUGGUACAAGACAUUCUGGACUCAUUGACCUUGUUGACUGGAAAGGUGGACACAAUGCUUUCGCGUUUGGAUCAUUUGGAGUCGCGUUUAUCUGGCCCUCCCCAUCCCUCACAUUACUUCGAACCUCGUCCAUCUAACCACGAGCCAUCUUAUAAUACGGAACCUGUGAAGUACGGUCGAACAACUGAACCUGGCAGAUGGUCAGCAGUUCAUCACAAUGAUGCUUUCAAUGGAGAGCCACAAGGUCCGGAACGUACAUUGGCUCCGCCCUCUGAGCAGUUUACACUGGCAGCUUCAAUGCUUCCGUUAGUUCCCUCAUCCACGACUGCAGUGGAAAGUGUCUUGCCUUCACCUAAGUACCACCGGCCGCCUGGGGGCACACAGAGCUCUUCAAGCUUAAGCACCAUUGAAAUGCCGUACCAGGUGACUCACUUUACGCCUCCGGAUGACCCACAAAACCAACGUACCCCCGUUGUAGCCCCGACCUCCACUCCGCACUCGUCUUCAGCUUUUACGAACCGUCCGGUCAGCACCGGCCGACUUGGGCUCGCUUCUAUACGCACAAGUUCUGGUGAUCGUCUUAACCGACGUGGUCCCGAGCGACCUUCGCUCCUCAAAACUGGAUACUGCACCCUCAGUCAGAGUUUCCGAACUCAGCCCUCCAGACAACCGAACGUCUCUCAACCCGUCUCCACAAGUGGCGAUUGGCAUUCUGGCACUACUCGGGAGUCCCCCGUAGGCACCAACUCACCAACUGGUCAGACUGAGAAUGGGACCAGACGAUCACCGUCCAGGACUCCUGCAGUACGCGAACGGAAUGUCGGUCGACCUCCGCCAUCCACUUUACGAUGGACCCGUUCUCCUCGUUUCUACAAACCGAUCAUGUUUCGCCCCAUGGAGCCACUGGAUUGUGGCACCAACAACAAUUCACUUGUUGAACCGGUGAUAAACAAUCAUCCAAGUGACAACUCGGAGUCGUACCUUACUCAAGUGGAUCGGAUCUCGUCUAUACGGUCGAUGCGGAAAGCUGGACAGCGUGAAACUUGUUUGGAUCGUGUGCACCACACACACACGCGCACAUGGGCCAAGAGAAUGUCAUAUGGCUGAAACAAGCACUACGCAGCCCUUGCUCUGGUUGGCGUCACAUCCCACCGGGUUGGUGUUCUUGGCCAAUUCACGGGAUAAUUGUACUCCCUCAAUAA